CAACAGCGCACCAACAUGACGCAACGCGAGGGCAUCCACAAGUUCGAGAAUGAGCGUAUAAAAACGCUGCAGGAGGAGCGUCUGCACAUCCAGAAGAAGACGUUUACAAAAUGGAUGAACUCAUUUCUGGUCAAGGCCAAGAUGGAGGUCGACGACCUGUUCACCGAUCUGGCGGACGGUAUCAAGCUGCUGAAGUUGCUGGAAAUCAUCUCCGGCGAGAAGCUGGGCAAGCCGAACAGUGGCCGCAUGCGUGUACAUAAGAUAGAGAACGUGAACAAAAGCUUAGCCUUUCUGCACACGAAGGUUCGCUUGGAGUCGAUCGGAGCGGAAGACAUCGUCGACCAUAAUCCCCGCCUUAUUCUUGGCCUCAUUUGGACCAUCAUUCUGCGUUUCCAGAUACAGGAGAUCGAAAUCGAUGUGGACGAAGAAAAUGAAUCAUCGGAAAAGAAAUCCGCCAAAGACGCACUGUUGCUGUGGUGUCAGCGAAAAACCCACGGCUACCAGCAUGUGCACAUCACCGAUUUUACCAACUCGUGGCGUUCCGGACUCGGUUUCAACGCGCUCAUCCACUCGCACAGACCGGAUCUGUUCGACUACAACAGCCUCGUGCCGGGACGGAACAUCGAAAAUCUUAACCAUGCGUUCGAGCUGGCGGACCGGGAGCUGGGCAUACCGCAGCUGCUGGAUGCGGAGGACAUCGAUACGGCCCGGCCGGACGAGAAGUCGAUCCUCACGUACGUGGCGUCCUAUUACCACACGUUCGCGCGGAUGAAGAGUGAGCAGAAGGGUGGCAAGCGUAUCGCGAACAUCGUCAACAAGCUGAUGGAUGCGGACAAAAAGAAGAUGCAGUUUGAGCAGCUGAUUACGAACCUGCUGAGUUGGAUAAGGUCGAAGACGGUGGAGCUAGAGAAGCGGAACUUUCCCAACUCGGUUGAAGGUAUCCAGGGUGAGCUGUUGGCGUUUAAGGAGUACCGCACGGUCGAGAAACCACCCAAGUAUAAGGAGCGUAGCGAGAUCGAGGCGUUGUACUUCCACGUCAACACGCUGCUAAAAUCGUUGAACCAACCGCACUACACACCGCAGGAUGGCAAAAUGAUUAAUGACAUCGAAAAAGCCUGGCAACGGUUGGAGAACGCCGAGCACAACAGAGAGGUUGCACUGCGCGACGAACUGUUGCGGCAGGAGAAGCUGGAGCAGCUUAACUUUAAGUUCGAAAAGAAGUCCGUGCUGCGAGAGGGCUACCUGAACGAGAUGAUCCAGGUGUUGACUGAUCCGCGAUAUGGACCCGCCCUGCGGCAGGUGGACGCGACAGUCAAGAAGCACGAGGCCAUUUCAGCGGACAUCCUUGCUCGGGCGGAUCGAUUCAACGAUCUUACCGACAUGUGCAACGAGCUACACGCGGAGAACUACCACGGUAGGGAGCGAGUGAAGAAACGCGAGCUGGAGGUUAUCACGAAGUGGAAGGAGUUACUCGAACUGCUGGAAAAUCACAAGCAGAAACUCUCGCAGAUGAGCUCCCUGAUGAAUCUGCUGCGUGAGAUCGAUGCGACAAUGACCACAGUGAGAGCACUACAAGGGCAGUUUGCUUCGGAGGAUGUGGGACCGCAUUUGUUGGGCGUAGAAGAGCUCCUGCAGGCCCAUUCCUUGCUCGAACUACAAGUGACGACGUUAGGCGAAACGCAACGUCGCUACAUUCGCCAGGGCGAAGCGUUCAAGCGGGGCGAUUACAAGGAUACCAGCCAGCUGGACGCCAAGCUGGCCGAACUGGCCCAGCUGUACCAGGAGCUGCAGGCGAUGAGUGCAGCUCGACGGGCGCGCCUAGACGAAGCCCACGAUUUCUAUCAGUUUGUGGAGGAUCACGAGAACGAAGAGGGAUGGCUCGUGGAUAAGCAGCGCAUCUGUAAGGCGGGUAUCACGGCCAAGGACCUGCGGGCGGUAAUGUCGCUCCAACAGAAGCACAAAGCGCUUGAGGACGAGAUGAAAGUCCGCAAACCAAAGUCCAACCAGAUCACGGAGGCCGGCAAAAAACUGAUCGUAGACAAGCAUUCGCGUUUGGCGGAAGUGCAGGUUAAGAUCGAUUCGCUGCAGGAGCACUGGAAGGCGUUGGAAGACCUGGUCGAGCUGCGUAAACGUCAACUGGAGGAUGCGGCAGAAGCCUACCAGUACUAUGCCGACGCAAACGAGGCUGACUCGUGGUUGAACGAAAAGAUGGCCUUAGUUGCGUCGGACGACUUCGGUGUUGAUGAACCAUCUGCCCAGGCACUACUGCAGCGCCACCGUGACCUGCAGGGUGAACUGAACGCGUACUCAGGCGACAUUCUGAAUCUGAAUCAGCAGGCCGAAAAGCUGAUCAAGGCUGGCAUCUGCACGUUAGACCUAUCGGCCGAUCCGGAACCGGUGCAGGAGCUUGAACAGGAGGAGUGGGUAAACGAGACACGGCUAGUUCCGAAGGAAGUGUGGGAAGAUGAGCCAGUGGAGCGGCUGGAGCACCGCACGGUAACGGAGAACAAACUGCUGCCACAUGUCCAAGCGCUGUACCGCUUCGAGGGCCAAAACAUGAAGGUGGCCAAGGGUGACCUGAUGAUUCUGCAGAACAAGAGCAAUGUCGAUUGGUGGAACGUGCGCAAGCUGGACGGCUCUGAAGGAUUCGUGCCGGCGAACUACGUGAAAGAAAUCGAACCCCGGCUGGUGCCGUGCUUGGUGCGCAAGGCGGAAAAGAUCAAGACGAUGCAGAAGGUGAAGAAAACGAUCCUAGUGAAGGAAGUGAUACAAGUGAAACGCGUGCGUCCAGCGAAGGUGAGCCAGGUGAAGCCAUUGGUGAAACGUCGUGCGAAGGAUGACGAUAUGACGGCGAUUGAUAGUAACGAUAGCGUCGAUAAGCGCCAAAAGCAUAUAAACGGCACGUACGAUCAACUGCAGGAUCUCGCCGAGAGGCGACGCGCCCUGCUGGAAGAUUCGAUCUGUUUGUUCCGCUUCUACCGCGAGUGCGACGAUUUCGAGAAGUGGAUCAAAGAUAAGGAGAAGAUGCUGCGCACCGACGAUCCAAAAGGAAGCGUGGAAACCGCCAAGCGACAGUUCGAGACGUUCGUAAAUGAUCUGUCCGCGUCCUCGAAGCGUGUUGAGGCGAUUGAUUCCGACGUGGAGGACUUCGUGCGCCAGGGUCACUCGCAGCUGGAUAAGGUGAAGGCUCGCCAGCGGCAGAUUCACCAGAUGUGGGAGCAUCUGAAUUACUUGAAGCGGCAGAAAGAGAAGAAUCUAGAAGGUGCGUCUAGCGUGGAACUGUUCUAUCGAACGUGUGAGGAAGCAAUCGAUUGGAUGAACGAAAAGAUGACCCAGCUCGAUACGGCCGAAGUUGGUCCUGAUCUGAAGACCGUACAAGCGCUGCAACGCCGUCACGAGAAUCUCGAACGAGAGUUGGCUCCGGUAAAGGAGAAGGUAAGCCGAGUGAAUUUGCUAGGCAACACGGUGAAAAACUCGUACCCAUCCGAGCGUGAAAACGUGAGCGAAAAGCAACGCGAAAUUCAGGACCUGUGGCAAAAAGUGCAGCAAAAGGCAAAGGAGCGUCGUUCGCGGUUGGAAAAUGCCGUGGGGCAACAAAUUUUCAACAACAGCACAAAGGCGUUGCUCGGCUGGAUAGCGGAGAGCAACAAUCAGUUGAACGCCGAAGAAACUGCGCGCGAUGUUGAAACGGCAGAGAAGCUGUUGAAGAAGCACAAGGAUUUGGGCGAAGACAUCAACGCACACGACGACGAAUUCGUGCAGCUCGCAAAGCUAGGUCAGCAAAUCCUAGAGUGCAAUCCUGCCCUUUCGGAGGAUCCCGAGAUAGCGAACAAAAUUGCGAAACUUGAAGCCGAACGGCAGCGGUUGCACGGAGUGUGGUUGGCAAAGGAAAAGAAACUGCAACAGUGUAUCGAGCUGCAAGUUUUCAACCGCGAGGCGGACAAAAUCGACGCGACUACCAAGAGUCACGAGGCGUAUCUGGAGUACGAUGAUUUAGGCAACUCGCUGGAUGACGUGGAAGCGAUUAUGAAGCGCCACAUUGACUUUGAAAAUUCGCUCGGAGCGCAGGAUAAGAUCCUGAAAAAUUUCUCCGAAAGUGCCGACCGGUUGAUACGCAACAAUCACUACGAAUCAAAGUACAUCGACGAACGCCGGGCCCAGGUGUUGGCCCGUCGCGAAGGGGUUAAAAACUUGGCCCAACAGCGACGGAACGCACUGCAGGCGUCGAAGGACUUCCAAAAGUUCUCGGCGGACGUGGACGAUCUUGACAGGUGGUUGGCAGAUAAAACGAAAAUUGCCAGUGACGAAAGCUACAAGGAUCUAUCGAAUCUGCCCCGCAAACUGCAGAAACAUAGCGCUUUCGAUCGCGAGCUACGUGCCAAUGAAGGUCAGCUGCGUAUGGUCAACAAGGAGGGUGAAUCACUGAUCAAGACAAACAACCGUACGGACGAAGUGAACAGCAUGCUGUCUGCGGUCAAUCGCAAAUGGAAGGAUCUGGUAGCCAUGUCCCUGGAGAAAGGACGUCGUUUAGAGCAGGCGGCAUUACAGCGCGAACACAACCGCUACAUUGAAGACUCGAAAAGCAAGUUCGAAGAGCUGGAUCACGCGCUGCAAAGCAAGCAGGUUGGUAACGAUCUGCGUAGUUGCAAGGAGCUGAUGAACAAGCACCAGAUUCUUGAGAACGACAUCGCUCUGUGGGAGCAGAAGGUAGCCGAACUGGUGAUGACUGGAGAGGAGAUGGCGCUCGAAGGCCAUUUCGAUGCAAACAACAUCAAAAACGAGACCAAAAAGCUGCAAGCGCAGUUUGCUGGCUUGAAGAAACCUGCCCAGCAACGGCGAGACGCGCUCGAUGAAAGUUUACGCUUCCACAAGUUCGUCUUUGAGCUGGACACGGAGUUACAGUGGAUCAACGAACACCUGCCCGCGGCCAAGUCAGAUGUGAUCGGUCAGAACCUUCAUCAAGCACAGAGCCUGUCGAAGAAACACAAGAAACUGGAAGCCGAAAUAGAGGGUCACCAGCCGAUGAUCAACAAAGCACUGACUUCUGCCGAAAAUCUGAUCAACCAGAACCAUCCGGAAAGGGCCAAGGUGAAGGAAUUGUGUAAUACACUUGAAAAGAUGUGGGCGGAGCUGCAGGAAAAAUCGGACGAACGAUCGCGCAAGCUGGACCUUUCACUCAAAGCUCAGCAAUACUUAUCCGAAGCUGGUGAGAUCGAAACAUGGCUUGGCGAGCGUAACAAUGUGCUGCGCUCCUCAGACUAUGGACGUGAUCGGGAUUCGGCAACGAAGCUGCUGACCAAACACAAGGUAAUCGAGCUGGAGCUGGACACUUACUCUGGUAUCGUUUCGGAGAUGGGCCACACAGCGUCGGCCAUGAUUGCGUCGAAGCAUCCGGACAGCAAGAUGAUUGCCACCAAGCAGCAGUUAAUCGAGAAAAUGUUAAAAUCCCUGCAAAAGCUUGCCGGCCAACGGCAGUUACGCCUGAUGGAGAGCCUGUACCGCCACGAGUACUUCAUGGAAUCCGCAGAGCUGGAACAGUGGAUGAAAGAGCAGGAACAAGCCGUCAAUUCGGAAGACUAUGGUCAUGACUACGAGCAUCUGCUGAUUCUUCAAAACAAAUUUGACGAUUUAAAACACCGCAUUGAGGUUGGAGCAGAACGCUAUAACCAGUGUGAAAACUUCGCCAAAAAGCUGAUCGGCGGUGACAGCCCGUAUGUGUCGGAAAUCGAAAGACGUCAAGAAUUGUUAAGAUCAUAUUCCGAAGCACAGUUGGAUGUCGUCGAACUGUACGAAAAGUUACGCAAUGCUUGGCAGCAACUCCUUGAGCAGCUGGAUGCGCGCGAAAAGAAACUUCAUGCUGCUGGUGAAAUUCAUCGGUUCCACCGUGACGCUGCUGAAGCACUGUUCCGUAUUCAGGACAAAAAUGCAGCACUGUCGAGUGAACUUGGAAAGGAUUUAAAUUCUGCCUUGGCUUUAGCACGCAAGCACGAGGCAUUUGAAAAUGAACUUGUACCUCUGGAGGCGCAACUGCAAGUGCUGGUGGAUGAUUCGCAACGUCUGCAAACGAAAUAUCCCGGAGACAAUGCCAAGGCCAUCGCAGCCGAGCAGGAAAACGUCAUUCAGUACUGGAACAUACUUAAAGAAAAAUCGGCCCUACGCAAUGAUCAGCUGCACGCGAGCUGUGAUUUGCAGCACUUCCUAACGCAAGUGCGCGAUCUAAUGUCCUGGGCCACGAACCUAAGGGCGGCACUGCAAGCCGAAGAGCAUGUCAGCGAUGCUGCUGGCGCCACGGCACUGAAGAUCCAGCAUGAUGCCAUAUAUGGUGAAAUCGAGGCACGCGAACAGACGUUCCGGGAAUUGAACGAAUUGAGCGAUUCCAUGGUACAGACGGGACAUUAUGCGGCGACGGAGGUAGAAGAAAAAUGUUCGGCGCUACUGGAUGAGCGAGCCAAACUGCACUCAGCAUAUAACAAAAAGAAGAUUUUGUUAGAACAAAAGAUCGAUCUGUUCUGCUUCAUGCGAGACGCCAAGGUGAUAGAUAACAUUUCCAGCGGCCAAGAAGCAACACUGACCAGCUCCGAUUUCGGUCAAACGGUCGAGGUGGUGCAGGAUCAGGUAAAAAGGCAUGAAGCGUUCGAGAAGCUCAUUCAAGCGCAGGACGAGAAGGUGGCGAUCCUGCAAGAUCACGGCCGUAAGCUAGUAGAACAGAAUCACUACGAUAGCGAAAACAUUCGUCGACGUCUGCGAGAGAUUGUGGAGCGACGCCAAAAGGUUAAGGAUUUGUGCACUUUGCGGCGGCAGAAGCUAGCGAAUGCGCUUCUGUACGCGCAGUUUAUUCGCGACUGUGCAGAAGCAGGUGCGUGGAUCAAUGAAAAACAGAAGAAGCUGGAGGCGGAUGCACACAGCUAUGCCGGUGUGAGUAAUAUGGAAGAUAAGGUUAAACGGUUGAAGAAGCUACAAGCAUUCGAUGCUGAGGUCAACGCCAACGAGGGACGCAUUCGUGAGGUACGAGACAAAGGUGAACAGCUUAUCGCCAAAAAGCACGAGUGCGCUGGCGAAAUCCAGACGGAACUAGCGAAUCUGAUGAAAUCUUGGGAUGUCCUGUUAAACGAGCUGAAAUCGAGAAACCGCGGGCUGAAGGAAGCGCAAGACAUAUUGGAGUUCAACACGCAGCUCGACAAGCUGGAGGCCUGGAUUCGGGACAAAGAAAUGAUGAUUCAUGCUGGCGAGACAGGUCGCGAUUUGGAGCAUUGCAACGCAUUGCGUCGGAAACUGGAUGAUGUGGAUAGUGACAUGCGAGUCGAUGAUCAACGCAUCAAGAACAUUAACCAGUUGGCGGAUAAACUGGUCAGCCAGGAUAAGGUCGAAGGAAAGAACGUACAACAGCGUAGAGAGAACUUCAACAGCAAGUGGAAAUCGUUGCAGGGGGCGUUGGGUCGCUAUAGAGACCUGCUCGCGGGAGCGUACGAAAUUCACGUAUUCAAUCGGGAUGUGGAUGAUACCGCAGAGCGAAUCGGUGAAAAGAUGCUUGCAAUGAACGUUGAAGAUACAGGUCGCGAUCUUUCCGCCGUGGAAGCUCUGAAACGUAAGCAAGAAGCCAUCGAACGGGACAUGACGGCGGUGGAACAGAAGAUCCGCGAACACGAAACCAGUGCCGCCACGCUGGUAGACAAGUACCCGGACAAUGCGAUCAAUAUCGUGGAGAACCUCGACGUACUGAAGUUGCAUUGGCAGGAGUUGCAGGGCGCGAGCGUAAAGCGAGCGAGUUCACUGGAGCAAGGCUACACGGCUCACAAGUUCACGGCAGACGUGAAAGAGCUGGAAUUGUGGGCUAAUGAAAUGGUGAAGCGAAUGGAUUCUGCCGCCAAUCCAGCCACCAUCGCCGAUUGCGUGGCACAGAUUCAGUUGCAUAAUGAGCGCAAGGCCGAAAUCGACGGCAGAGAUCGUAUUUUCCACGAUCUGCAGGAGCACGGUGUGCGCCUAGUGGCCGAAAAUCGUGAGCAGUCCAUUCGCAACGAUCACGUGGAGAAGGCGCUGCGCAAUUUAGAGGAUCUGAACAAGCAUUUGCAUGAUUCGUGGAAAGGUCGCAGCCGCGGUCUAAAGGAAACUCAUCAGCUGCAGUUGUUCAAGGAACAGGCAGAUCAGAUCGUGGAAUGGUUGACAAACAAAGAGGCAUUCCUCAAUAAUGACGAUCUCGGUGAGUCUUUUACGGCCGUGGAGGCACUAAUGAAGAAGCAUGAGGCGUUCGAGAAGCUGUUGCACUCAAAUCGCAUCGAUGAGCUAGAACGGUUUGCAGAGAAAAUUUUGGCUGAUAAUCCUUUCGAAGCCGACGUAAUUAAGCAGCGUCUGUAUGCGGUGAUAAAUCGCAAGGAUAAGCUGCUGGCCUCGGCUGCAGCACGAAAGCAAAAACUGCGGGAAAGCUUACAGUUACAACAGUUCCUGCGGGCUUUGUAUGAGGUUCAAAAAUGGAUCAAUCAGAAGAUGCAAAUAGCGCUAGACGAGAACUAUCGGGAAUCGAGUAAUUUGCAGAGUAAAAUACAAAAACAUGUCGCUUUCGACGCAGAACUGUUGGCCAACUCUGGUCGUGUAACUGCCAUCAUCGAGGGUGGAGAAUCGUUGAUCAAUGCCGAACAUUACGCCAGCAAUAUAGUGCAAGAGCAACUCGACUCGGUGGAGAGCGAAUGGCAGCAAUUACGCGAGGCUUCCCGUGAAAAGAAGGAACGCUUGGCAGAAGCUUAUGAAGCACUGCUUUUCCAGCGCAGUCUUGAAGAUUUCAAAAAUUGGAUGGACGAAGUUGAGGGACAGCUCUCGUCAGAGGAUUACGGACGCGAUCUUGCAUCAGUACACAAUCUGCUGAAGAAGCAUGAUAUGCUCGAGGCAGACGUAGCCCAUCACGCGGACAUAUGCGAGCAAAUCAAGGCGACGGAUGCGAAGAUGCUUGCAUCGGAUCAUUUCCUGAAAGAUGAGCUGCACGAAAGUGCAAUGCUUACGGUCAAACGGUACCAUUCGCUUCACGAACCAACCACCAUUCGACGUGACAACCUUGAGGAUUCGCUGCAGUUGCAUCAAUUCUUGCGCGAUGCCGAGGAUGAGCUUUUGUGGCUAAAUGAAAAGGAACCACAGGCGGCGUCGAAAGACCUUGGCAGUAGUUUGACCGCAGUGCAAAGUCUACAGAAAAAACACCAGGCCCUCGAAGCGGAGAUUCUCAUUCAAGAGCCCGUCAUUUCGGCACUGGUGCAACGCGGCCAGCAGAUGAUCCGCGACAACCACUACGCGGUGGAACAGAUCGAGCGACAGUGCGGUCAACUGCAGAGCAAACUGGUCAAUUUGCGCAACCUCACAAACGUGCGGCGGUUGCGGUUGCUAGACGCUGUGGAAAGCCAGCAGUUUUAUGCUGAAACGAACGAGGCUGAGUUUUGGUUGCGUGAGAAAAAGCCAAUCAUAUCGUCGCAGGACUAUGGCAAAGACGAAGAUUCGGUAAGUUCAUUGCAGAAAAAGCUGGACGCUUUGCAGCGCGAGUUGAGUGCAUUCCGGCCCACGGUGGAGAAAAUCGAAAAGUUGGCCAGCGGUCUCCAGGAGCGCGGUCACUUCGAUAGCGAAAGGAUCAAGGGAAAGAACGAUAAGAUCCAGUAUCAGUUCCAAGAGUUGAACCGCUUGGCGACGGAGCGCGAGAAGAAGCUGGCCGAGACGAAGAAACUGUACGAAUUUGUGCGCGAGAUCGAUGAUCUGCAGGAGUGGAUCGAGAUCCAGAUAACGACUGCCGGAUCAGAAGAGUAUGGCACGGACGUAGAGCAUGUCGAGCAGCUAACGGUUCAGUUCGAGUCGUUUGUUUCCAACCUGAACUCGAACGAGGGACGUGUGGCCACUUGCAUUGCAAAGGGAGAGUCGCUGCUGAGUGAGGGUAACCUGAACAAAGACACGAUCAAGGCGAAACGUGACGAAACCAAGCAGUUGUGGGAGGAGUUGAAAGACUUAGUAGUGGCGCGGCAAGAAGCGUUGGCCGGUGCUCGACAGGUGCACGUGUUUGAUCGUACUGCCGACGAAACGAUCGCAUGGAUCAACGAAAAGAUUUCGUCUGUUCUGUCCGAGGAUUAUGGUCACGAUUUGGAGACAAUUCAGUCGCUGGUACGCACGCAUGAAGCAUUCGAAGCGGAACUGGGCGCCAUCAAGGAACAGCUAGAGUCAGUCGUGGCCGAAGCGCAGAAGCUCGGAGACACUUACCCCGACGCGAAGGAGCACAUCGAAGUGAAACGAGACGAAACGAUUGAAGUGUGGUCCGAACUAAAGGACCGCACAAUGCAGCGUAAGGAGAAGCUGAUGCAAGCCGAACAACUGCAGGCGUACUUCGAUGAGUAUCGUGAUCUGAUGGCCUGGAUAAACGAGAUGCUGGCGAAGAUUACGGCACCGGAUCUUGCUAAAGAUGUCGCUGGCGCUGAAGCAUUGAUCGGCAAGCUAAAGGAGCAUCGUACUGAGGUAGAUGCCCGUAAUGAAGCGUUCGAAGUUUUCAACCGCACCGGUCGCAAGUUGAUCCAGGAUAAGCACUUCCUGUCCAACGAAGUGCAUGAUAAGAUUGCAGUGUUAGAUCAACGGAAGCGCCUGCUCGACAACACGAUUGUGCAGCGUAAUGAAAUGUACGAGCUGAAUCUAGAUACGCAGCAUUUCCUUAAGGAAGCGGAGGACAUGGAGGGCUGGAUCAUCAGCCGGCAGGUGCAGCUGAAGGAAUCGAAGCUCGGUGACUCGAUCGCGCAGGUCGAGGAUCUUAUACGCAAGCACGAAGAUUUCGAGAAGACGGUCGCUGCCCAGGAAGAAAAGGUGCUGACCCUCAAGCGUAUUACACUGCUAGAGCUGAAGUUCAAGAAGCAGCUGGAAGCUGAACAGGCCGCUCGUGUUGCCGAAAAGGAACGCAUCGAGCGCGAGCGCCAUGAAGUACUAAAACAGAAGGAAGUGCAACGCAUUACUGAGGAGCGUCGGCGCCGUGAACCCGGAUCGGUUAAUGGCUACAACGACGGAUUAGGAGCGGUGUCCGGCAGCACUAGUCAUCACCACCUAUCGCCUGGCAAUACCAGCGGAUCAAUGAUGUCCGACCGCAACGACUCUGGUGCUCUGAACACAUCCAAUCUCAGUGCUGGUACGGCGUCUAACGUAAGUGGUGUGGACCAGACCAGUCCAGUGCAGAAAUCGAACUCGUUCGCUACGAUGCUUCAGGAGCGACUGCGUCGUGGAUCCGAUAGUAACAUCAAACGCGCAGAAAGCAUGAAGAUGGGUAUAAAGCCGGUUAAGCGAGCACCCUCAUUCACGACUCGACGCCGCGCUCAGAGCUUCCGGAAGAAUCAACGUCCAGGCGCUGUUGAAGCAGACGCAUCCCUGCUGCCCCCUGUAGAAGUGCAGGGCAUGCUGGAACGCAAGCACGAGUUGCAAUCGGGCGGAAAGAAGGCCCCGGUGAGAUCGUGGAAGCCAUUCUACACCGUAUUGUGUGGUCAGCUGUUGUGCUUCUUCAAGGACGGUGAAGAUUUCGCUAUGCAAAGAGCGGCUACGGCGCCGGUAAACAUCCUGAAUGCAAAGUGCGAGCGAGCUGAAGAUUACACGAAGAAGAAGAACGUGUUCCGGCUGGUGCUGCUUGAUGGUUCCGUGUUCCUGUUCAUGACCAACUCGAAGGACUCGUUGAGCGAGUGGGUGAACAAGAUCGCUUUCCAUGCUGCGCUACCGCCGAACCUGCAGCUAAUGAGUUACGAUGAAUCGAUGAAGCAAAACAAUAGCGCUCCGGACGUGAAAUCAAUUAGUUCUGCACAAUCACCAACUCCGGAACGGAGCGAUGCCGCUUCGUCCAUUAGUUCACGUACUUCGUCCCCUGACAGUCAGCGCCGGGAUUCGCGCACCUCACUGAACAGUGCCAAAUCGGGAUCGGGCAGCAACGGAAGUUUCCACACGCCCCAGACCAACUUCCUGCAGAGGCAAAAGGAGCUACGCGAGCAAGAGCUACAGCAUCAGCGUAUGGCCUCAAGUCAGCAAAACCAGCCUAAUCUCCCUUCGCCGACGAUGCCAGCACCGUUGGCGGAAGGAUAUGGGUUGGCCGACAAGCCUCCGAUUCCACCACGUGGCAUGCCACCGCCCGUCCCUCAGCGGCAGUCCAGUACAGACAACGUGCUGAAUAACAACAACAAUGGUACCGUCCAAAUGCGCUCGAAAACUGGCCUAGGUGGCAGUCCCAAUGGAAGUGAUUACGACAAUGCCAACGUUACCAGUGGAAUGCGACCGUACUCCAUGCAACCGGGAACCAUGGGCAACAAAUCAACGCCUGCCUCACAGAACGGAAACGGCAGUGGCGAAGACGUGUGGCAACGUAACAGUGAAAUGAGAAGCUCAGAAUAUUCAGCACCACCUCUUCCCGCGACAUCGCCGCCGUUAAGCACGUUUACACCGUUGAAGCCUCCGUCCGGCUAUCAGCAUCCUGCGCAGCACUACCAGCAACCGCCGGUGGCCGCUACCGGAACCUCAUCUUUCCAACCGCCACACACAAACCACCACGUGCAGCAGCAAAAACAUCAGAUCGAUCAAUUCAUCCGGCGCGAGCAGCAACCGGGUGGUAUCCCGGGUAACCCGGGUCAAUGGGCACAGCAUCCUACCGGCGGUGGACCGAGUGGAGUGCCCGGCAACAACGGCACCUCGCGCACCACGUGGCACCAUCCGAUGGCAACGAUGCCACCGGCAGGCAACGGAACCGGUGCCAAUAGUGAAAACCAAGCGUUCCACAACAAUGGAAAUGGAAACGGCAAACACAACCAUAACCACCACUCGCAUCUUCACAUGCAGGCUCCGCUGCCACCGCAGCACAACAGCAGCAAUACCUUUGGCAACACUAUCAACCUGGACGGCUACAACACCGGCUGGGGUCAGACUAGAUUCGACUCAUCGCGACCAACGUCUUUGCCACCGCCGGGAAGCAAUAAUAAUAUGGGCAUCGGUAAUACCGGCGGUCAGGAUUUUGUUCAUCUGAUUGCGGGCGGUGGUAGCAGUAGCAGUGGCGGUCGUCAUCAAUCCGCUGAAAGCUCGAGCGAAAGCGAAGCCAGCUUCAACAAGGGCAGCAAGGAUGCGAGUAGCAAAGACAAAAAAGGAGUCUUUCGGAUAUUCUCCAAGAAGAAGUCAAAGCACACGAGCUAAGCUGACCAUGCUUAAGAAAUGGCUUUUUUUUCUUCCGGAGCGCAUCCGCUAUAGUGGAGUUAUUUUAUCCCAUUUCCAAGAUACGCGCAUAUUAGACAUAUUAUUGAUAGGCUUUGUUUAUUUCACGUGAUUUGCAUACACGAUCGUCGUAUGUGUUGUGUAUGUGUAUACGUUGUUUUAAUAUUUACUCUUGGUUAGCCUCAUUCCUGCCUCCACGGUAAACAAAGCCAUGCAGGAGGUUAAUCGCCGUUUGAUUCUGCGAGCAGCAAAGCGCGAUGCACCUAAAGCAAAGCGCACGUGCAUCUAUUUAACAAGAAAAACUUUAUUUUAUCAUACUUUUGUAGCAUGUAACUAUUUUUGUGUGUGUGUUGGCCUAAUAUGUCGCUUAUGUGUUUUCUAUUGUUUAAGGUGUAAAAGAGUGAGUGCAACUAAAUAUUGAAUAAUUAAAUGGCAACUAUCCCUAGGUAAAAAGAGAAAGCACAUAAAAUCGAUAGUUGUUUUCGCUUUUAAGUAUAAAAAAUAACAAUUGUUCAGAUUGUCCUUUAAACAAACCGAAAUUCGAGAUAGCCUAUUAGUUUACCAGCUUGUGAACAACAAUUUGCUAUGUGCAUAAAUCCUCUAUUUUUCUGAUGGUCCAGUUAAGUAUACCCGACAUAUGCAGAAUCAGAUGAUAAGAAAAGUAGGACGGUAGAUAGGUUUAAAAAUAUUUUCUGAGAAAUUUACGUUUCGUUAGAUUAUUAAAUCGAUGCAUAAAAUAUAAUAAGAAAGUUAUUGAAUAAACAUUUUUUCUCCAUCGGCGGUGUU